AAUUCUUAUUUACGUUCGAUUUUUUUAAACGAAAAAAUAAAAAAUGUCACAAAGAACUUUACCUCGUGAUUUUGAGAAUCGUAAAUAUCAUAGUUUACUUCAUAAAGAACGAUAUAACGAUACAAAUAAAGAAGAUUCUUUUAAACACCAAGAAAGAGAAACGUUACGUGAUGUGACACAUAAAUAUUUGAAUAAUCCCACUACGAUCAAGAAAAAUAAAUCUUUUCGAGUAACAACUUUUAAAAAAGAUAAAGAUUUAUUAAAAUUAUCUAAUACAACAAAAGAUAAACGAAUCGAUCAAUUAACUCUUGAAACAAAUAAAUUUUUUAAUGAUUUAUCUAAAAAAAGAACGAUUAAAAGAUCCAACAUUAAUAAAUUUGAGAAUACCUAUAAUAAUUCCAAAAUUAUAAUUGAAAAUUAUUUUGAAAAUAAUUAUGGAAUAAAUGGAAUUAAAGGAAUGAUUGUUGAAUUUUAUGAUCUUGAAACUAUUAAAAAUAAAAAAUUACAUAUUCCGGAAUGGCUUUUAAAAGAUAAUUCUGAAGAACUCUUUGAAGCAGAAUUACCACCUCAAGAUAUUACGGUAUAUAAUCUUUGGUUCUAUAGACGUAAAAAUGAAGGAUCACCAGAUUUUGUUCAAAAGUGGACCAAACCAAUCUCUAAAACGGAUAUAUUAACACAUUUGGAAAAGAUUUACAAUAAUGUUCGUGAAUCUCAUGAAUCUGAUAUGAAUAAAAUUGGGUCAAAAAUGAUUCGAUCUGUCUUGGAUGAAUUGAGAAAAAUCAACAAUUACAUGCUGUAUAUAGGAAGCGAAACUCGAUAUCCCAACAAUGUAAUGGAAAAAACGCCUAAACUCGUUGAAAAACUUGAAAAGAUUUUGGAAAGGAUUCAUUUUUAUAAAAAUUAUUAUGAAGAAAAUAAGUGCUCACUUGCUAACGAUAGGAGGGCAAUUAAGUAUGCUAAAGAAUUAUUAGAUGUAGUUCGGAUGAAUUUUAAUGUGAGAACUAUAGAUAACAGCAAGAAUCGCGUGAUUUUUUGGAAAAUAUGGAUAAAAGUGAACAAAGAAUUGGAUAUUAUUGGAAAGCAAUAAAGUAUUUCAACAAUAGAUAAGAGUGAACAAAGAGUUGGAGAUCAUUGGAAAGCAAUAAAUAUUUCAACAAUAGAUAAAAGUGAACAAAGAAUUGGAGAUCAUUGGAAAGCAAUAAAUAUUUCAAUAAUAGAUAAAAGUGAACAAAGAAUUGGAGAUCAUUGGAAAUCAAUAAAUAUUUCAAUAAUAGAAAAGAUCAUUGGAAAGUGGAGAUCAUUGGUAAUAGCACGUAACUUUAAUAGUUUUUAAAAAUAAACAAAUUUCAAAUUUUUCUUAUUUAUGCUAUUUCAAGAAAAAAAAGAAAGAUAAAAUAAAUAUAAAUUUUUUAUUUUUUUUUCUAACUAUACAAAAUAAAUAAAUAUAAAAAUAC